AUCGUCGAACAGUUAUGGCGGACGGGGGCAGAGGGGGGCCAUGCGGUGCUGAGGCUCGCCAGGGAUUUUCCUUCAUUGCUGUUUAACCUGCCCCACCUAGUCAUGCCCUGAUGUCUGGAGAGGGGAAGGGGAAGCGCCCAUAUAAGGUAUGGGACAGUGGGCGGCAGGUACGGAAGGGGCUCGUGGUCUCCAGCUUCAACGAACUUAUAGAAAAAGGUCGAGAGAAGCUGGAUCUCGGAGAGGUGCGGAUAAAGGUUGUCCUGGAGGCUGACGGGACGCAGGUGGAAGACCCCGAAUACUUCUGCACCCUGCCGGAGAACACUGUCUUCCUCUUGCUUAGGCAGGGAGAACACUGGUACCCUGCCGGAGUUGAGGUGCUCAGACAAGCUAUCACUGCCAUUCCCAAGAUCGUAUGUGAGACCAUCUACUCCCUGGGGCUCCACGAUGAAGCGCCGGUGUGGAAGAUCAUGGACCACUACGGAAAGAUCACCGUCGUUCUCUCCUGGGACCCCAGCCACCGGGGGGACCGUCACGCCUCCUCGUCCCCCCGGAAGCCGUCCGCCGCAAGCGCCAGGGUGAUCGUCAGCGGCGUUGGGGAGAGCACCAUCCAGCGUCACGAGUACCUGGUGGCCCAGUCCUCCAUCGGGUCCACGCCCUCGCCCGCGCCCACCAUCUCUCUCAGCGGCGCCAAGUCGCCCGUGCCAGCUGCCAGCGCGGCCGGACAGGUGGUUCACGGCACCGUCACCACUAUACUGCGGGACGGCAAGAAGGAGACUCUCAUCAAUGACGUGGGGCCCUCCGCUGCUGCACCAACGGCUCCUCUCCACCAGGCUACUGUGAUAAACCACGACAGCGACCCCAAGAGUUCCUACAUGGCCGGCGGAACGGGAGCGGCGGCGGCGGCGGUGGUCGGGCGGCUCUCCCGCCAGGGCUCCUCCGUGGACUCGUCGCACUCCGCCACCGUGCACAUCCACACGCCCGAGUGCUGCGUGUACGGCCACCCGCACACGCCGCAGCCCCGCACCCGCGCCUCUCCCACGGGCGAGCAGGCGGAGUGCGACUUCCACUGCUGCUCGCUGCACGAAGGGGGCGGGCGCAUCCAGGCAAGUCGCCAGCAGCACCACCACGCGCAUCAUCAACCAGCCCAACAGGUGCACGAACAACAGAUACAGCAGCAUCAGUAUCAACAGCAGCAACAUCAGUUGCAACAACAGCAAUUACAGCAACAACAACAGUUGCAACAGCAGCAGCAGUUGCAGGAACCGCAACCGCAGCGGCAGCCGCAGCAGCGUCAGACUGUCUGCCUCAUUCAUGACCAACCCUGCAACUGCUGUUGA